AUGGGAGUGUUACAGGAUGAAUUCAAUCUACCCAUCAUCUACCACGUAAAACGUAAUUGCACCUGCAAAAUAAUAAAUAUUAACAAUGAUCAAGAAACAAUCUUUGAUUUCUCCAAAGCACUACCAAAGGUCGACAUUAUCGAAAAACACAGAUUGAACGAAGAUUACUGGUGGCUGAAAAAUGACGCCAAACAUAUCGAUGAAAUCCGAAAAAGAACGAUUUGGAAACAAUAA